AUGCCUUGUCUACCUUCGACCCAGUCGAAUUUCAGUGAGGCUCCUCGUUGGCAUCUAGCCGAGAUUGUGGAGCUUGUGGUACAUAUGGAUUGUGAAGGAUGUGAAAAAAGAAUUAAGAGGGCACUCUCCAAGUUAAAAGGUGUGAACAUGGUUGAGAUAGACAUGGGAAAGCAAAAGGUGACUGUUACCGGUUAUGUGGAUCAACGACAAGUUCUAAAUGUGGUUCGACGGACAGGACGAAAGGCUGAAUUCUGGCCGUUUCCAUACGAUAGUGAGUAUUAUCCAUACGCAGCUCAAUACUUGAACGAGUCGACAUUCUCCUCAACUUACAACUAUUACAACCACGGGUACAAUGAGGGUGUUCAUGGCUACUUUCCUAACCCUGUUUACUCACAUAUCAUAGAGGAUAAUGUGGCUGAGAUUUUCAGUGAAGAAAAUGUUCAUCAUGCAUGCAACAUCAUGUAA